AUGGAUCAACAUCCUGCGAAGAUAGCGGAGACCCGCCCAGGGCCCCGCGCUCCCGAUAAUGCUCCUGCGCAGAAACCUUCCAAGUCGGCUAAGCGCAGGAAAAACCGCAAAGGCAAACGGCGCAAUCGACAAGAGUCAUUCCUGACGCCCAAAAUCGAAGAGGCUGAUGAGGAAUCUGGCCCUGGCUCAACGGUUGCGGGAAAUCGGGAAUUGACGGACGACGAGCGGUCGACAUCUAGAGAAAACCAGUCUUAUUUUACGUUACGGCGCAAGAAGAGCAGCACCAGCCUGGAAAGUGAUGCGUUGUUGGACCACAGAGACCAACCCAUGAUGCGACCUCGCCGGGAUAGCCGUCUGGCAGGGUCAUUCCGCCCUGGCUCCCUUCUUUCGGGGGCUGCUUGGUCCGCCGACGCUCAGUCACGUAAUACGCCGAAAGGCAGCCGAACUCAGCAGUACCAAGACGUCGACAGCGAUGAUGCGGAGACUAAUGACCGAACACCUCUCAUUAGAGGGUCUUCAGGCCAGACGUCCGGUCAAUCACGAUACGGCACCGACCAGCGCCCGAUUCCAUUCGUACGUCCACGCCGUGCAUCUGUUCACACGGUCUCCCCCAGAGGCUCUCCACAACCCCAGAAUUCGCCGCCCUACUCCCCUGAAGUUGGGCGUGACUAUGAUGUUAAUAAUCCGCCGUCUAUUCCCGGGACUCCAAAGCUGGGACCUGAUAUGAAUUACGACGAUGCGGUGGUGACGGGGGCUGAAUUCGAGUUUUCACUGGCACGGUCGAUGGAAGGGCGCAGAGAAUCGGUCCAUCGACCCAACGACGCCUUGAUUGACAUCGAUGGAGGCCUGAGACAAAAGUCGGAGCCAUCAUCAUUACAUUCUGGCCAAUUCUCGCCUCAGGAGCUGCGUCGCCGGCGAACUGUCGCCUUGCCUGUUGAAGAGGAUGUGUGCUUCCCGACUGAGGAUGUCUCGGAGUUCGCAGACGAGGAGCGAAGAACAUCCAACGGACAAGGCGAACGCCGGCGACGUCGGCGCCGACAGUGGCCAGACCUUGAUGUUUUGGAGGAAUGGAGCCGAGAAGAAAAAGAAGACCGCAACGGAGAUCUUCGGGUGAAAAAGAUCAGCGAGCCGGUCUUGGUCGAAGGCCGGUUGCGGCCUCAGUACAAGUUGUGGCGACGAGAGGAAGAUGACACUCCUUACCGAUUCACAUAUUUCAACGAGGAGUUCCAGAGCACAAUCCACGCCCAGACGAUCUCUGAGUUGGUUCAACCGGGAGGCAGUUUCAGAGAGCUGUUCAUACCCGAUCCGCCUGAGCUCGAGGAUUCAUCUUCCGAAGAGGAGGAUGAUGUUGAGCCGUCUGUGAACGGUAAUCCCACGUCGGUAUUUGCCAGUAUGAACGGAGCCCAUUGGUCCAACAAUCACGACACGCAACCCGCCAAUGUUCAAAAGGCCAACAAUGCGAAUACCGCUCUUGGCUCCGCGCAGGCCAACUCUGAAUUGCGGAACAAUCAAGAUCAAGGGUCUGGUGUAGACAACAGUAACCGAGGACCUCAUAACCCUCGUUUGUCUAUAAUCAGUGAAUCACGUCCGGAAUCCACGCGAGAGGCUUCACCCUCACAGUCGCAUCAGGCAGAAAAGCCCAAGCGAUACGGUCCACGGCCGACCUUCUGGCUCGAUGUGCUAUCUCCUACGGACGCCGAGAUGCGAGUCAUUGCCAAAGCGUUCGGUAUCCAUGCCUUGACAGCUGAAGAUAUCAUGAUGCAAGAAGCACGAGAAAAGGUUGAACUAUUCCGCAGCUACUAUUUUGUCAAUUAUCGGACCUUCGAGCAAGACCAAAACAGCGAAAAUUACCUUGAGCCUGUCAACAUGUACGUGGUGGUCUUCCGGGAGGGAGUCCUUUCCUUCCAUUUCUCGCAGACUCCACACCCUGCCAACGUUCGCCGACGAAUCCGCCAGCUCAUGGAUUAUCUAAUUCUGAGCUCAGACUGGAUUUCCUACGCUCUCAUCGACGACAUCACUGAUGUCUUUGGUCCUCUGAUCCAGGCUAUUGAGAACGAGGUUGAUGAGAUUGAUGAGAUUAUCAUGAAGAUGCACUCGUCAAAUAAAGAUGACCCUGCUGAGAAUGAGCCGACUUCAUUUGCACCGGGAGAGAUGCUCCGGCGCACCGGCGAAUGCCGCAAGAAGGUGAUGGGUCUGUAUAGGUUGCUUAGCAAUAAAGCGGAUGUUGUCAAGGGCUUCGCAAAGCGCUGCAAUGAGCAGUGGGAAGUCGCUCCUAAGUCUGAGAUUGGACUUUACCUUGGCGAUAUUCAGGACCACAUUAUGACGAUGACUGGCAACUUGACGCACUAUGAGACGAUUCUGUCACGUGCGCAUUCCAACUAUCUGGCCCAAAUCAACAUCCUCAUGAAUGAGCGCCAAGAACAGACUGCAGAUGUCCUUGGCAAGCUGACCGUGCUUGGUACCAUCGUGUUGCCGAUGAAUAUCAUUUGCGGUAUGUGGGGUAUGAACGUCAAGGUCCCCGGACAGGAUAUCGAUAACCUGUACUGGUUCUGGUCAAUCACUGGGGGCUUGCUAUUAUUCGGCCUCGCAUCGUUCCUGAUCGCCAAACGAGUCUAUAAGAUCGUGUAG